AGAAAGCGGAAGGAGGAGACAGAGAGACUUCAUUUCGGUGCGAGUCUGUCAGGCGGCUGCACGGUCUUUCUACCAUCUCCUGAAGCUACCGUCGGCGGUCCCUUCCUAUCUCCAGGUCCCUCCGCGCCUCUUCUACCCACUAACCCCAGUAAACAUGGCAUCAGGUGUGACUGUUUCAGAUAACGUCAUUCAGAUCUUCCUUGACAUGAAAGUGCGAAAGUCCUGCACCCCCGAGGAGGCAAAGAGGCGCAGGAAGGCUGUUAUAUUUUGCCUAAGUCCUGAUAAGAAAAGAAUUAUUCCAGAAGAAGGGGCAGAAUUCCUGGUGGGAGAAUGUGGAGAGAAGAUUCCUGAUCCCUACAAGCACUUUGUGGACAUGCUGCCCAGUGAUGACUGCCGUUAUGCCCUUUAUGACUGCACCUAUGAAACAAAGGAGAGUAAGAAAGAGGACCUGGUCUUUCUUUUCUGGGCCCCUGAGAGCGCUCCACUGAAAAGCAAAAUGAUAUAUGCCAGUUCUAAAGAUGCAAUCAAGAAGAAACUCACAGGUAUCAAGCACGAAGUACAAGCGAACAACAAGGCUGACAUUAAGGACCGCUGUGCCCUUGCUGAAAAACUUGGUGGCAGCACUGUCAUCUCUCUAGAAGGCAAGCCCCUGUGAAGACCUGCAUCUGUGCCACUUCUUAAAGAGGCUUCCAUGUUAUCAACCCCCACCCCAACAGUGUCUCAUGUUGCCCUCAAACCCUACAUGCCUCUUGAUUAGGAAGUCGUUCAACAGGCCGGCUUCUCCUUUAAGCCCUUCCACAACAGCCAUAAAUGUCCUCGUAAUUAUACUUUUGUCUUUCCAACAGAGGCAGCUUUCCGUUCUAGUUAUGAAAUGUCCUUCAGCCCCCACUUGCCUCCUAAGUUGAGUUAUUUUGCCAAAAGCAACCUGGCAUCUUACCCGUUGUCCUCACUGUUCAGUAGUCCCAAACUGGGCACUGUAGAUGUGGAUCAAACUAUGACCCGUAACAUGCUGCUUGUGGGUUAGGCUCUAACAUUCCCAGAACCUGCUUUCAUUUGUCAUGAGUGCACCUCCAAAUUCCACUUUUGCAGCAUUCCUUUUGUUACCCUUCUGAUGUUUGAAGGGUAUUAUGUACUUGUAGUAUUGUUAGGAAACCUUUUUUUUUUUUAAGAGGCUUGUAACUGCAGUUAAUAAUUGUAAACCUUCAGUAGCACAGAAUUCCUUUUAACUUAAGCAGAAUGGUACACAGCUCUUUGCUCUAAUCCACUAUUCCAUAUUUCGUUUUUGAAAUAGAUGGCUACACAUUAAGUAUGUUUUGCCAAUUUCCUCAAUUCCAUGACCCAUAUUUUUGGCACUUGUUAAGGGGUCUUUGGGAGAGUUAAGUACAGAUGACUGAAGCCUUUCACCACCUACAACUCCCUUUUCCCCUCAGUCACUUGUUCAUUGCGGUCUUUAAUUCCUCUUGUCUUGCGUUACUAAUAUGGAAGUCGUAAUGGCAGAUCCAACAUUAAUAAACCAAUAAAAGAAUUGUUUCAUGUGGU